AUGAAAUAUGAACCCCUUACUUGUAUUAGAUACAAAGAUGGGUUCACAUCUUCCACUUAUUUUACUGACUAUUUACUAACAUCUUCCAUUACUGGCAAAAUUUGCCAGUGGGACUUGAUAACUGGAAAUCAGAUUUCGGAAUUUCAAACUAAUCUCAAGACCAAAUUUUGUAUUCCUUACUCUCAAGGUAUUUGUGAUAGAUUUGAUAAGUUAGUUUUACAAACCAAUGAUCAUAUUUCUCUAUUCGAUAUCAAUAACAAGACUGUUGAAACAAUAGCUCAAAUCAACACAAAAUGUUUUGCAAGGUCAAGUCUAUUACAUUCUUCAAGUCAACCUCUUAUAAUUUCUCCUUCCGGAUUAAAUUCGAUAAAAGUUUUUGAUUUAAGAGUUAAUUCAGGGAACUCAAAAUUUAUUGAGGUAUUGGAGAUUGGUCCAAUUAAGAUAAAUCAUCCUAAAAAGAGUGAACUGGGUAUGAUUCACAAUUGUCUACCCUUUUAUUCUGUUGGAGAUUCUUGUAUAAUAUCUACUUACGAAUCUGGUUCAAUUGUUAUAUAUGAUAUAAGAAAGCCAAAUGAGCCAUUUGUGCCCAUCUACAUUACUGAUUCUUUGGAACCCAUACCCUCAUUAUCGGUAUGGAACAAUGUUUUCUUGGUCGGAGACACAGUGGGUAAUAUUUCUAUGUUCUACGCAUCAAAGGACAAGGGGAUUGUUUUGAUGAAGACGAAAAACAUUUCUCCAGAGUCUUUAAAACCUCCCGGCAUUAAUAAUCUUUCUAUUAGAUCUGACGGUGCUGUUUUGGUGGCUGGGUGCUGGGACAGAUGUAUUAGGGUUUUUGAAACCAAAACUCUUGAUCUCAAGUGUAUUCUCGAUCCUCAUUACUCUUCAAUCGUUGAUGUUUCCUACAGUAAAACCUCAAAUCAAUUUUCCACAGCCUCCAGUGAUGGUAACGCUAACAUUUGGAACCUUUUCUGA